GUCUAGUGACCCGGUCAGGACCAGUCUAGUGACCCGGUCAGACAAAGACACUGUACACUGAUGAACAGAGUGACAGAAAGACGGGCUACAACAGCCAUAAUGUGUGCGCUGUGUGAGCUGUGUGGAUGGCGGGAGGUGGAGACGGGACAGGGCAUCUUUGUGGUCUUGUACACAAAGAGCUUCUCUCUGCUGUGUGAAGAGCAGCUGACGCCAGACCAAUCAGCCAGACCGGAUCUGCUGGGCCCCAGUCCACUGCUGCAGCUAGCUCCCCACUACGUGACGGACCGUUCAGUCACAUCUGCUUUCACCCCGUACUCCUGGACUGGGAAAGGGCCACGGCCGGGCCAGAACAUGAGGUGCUGUGCUGGACUCCGCCUGCUGCUGCUGCUGUGCUUCGGGAUGCUGCGUGUAGGAGCGGGCCUUCGCUGCUACAAGUGCUCCGAUUACACCGGACGCUGCCAGAACGUGCAGGAGUGCACGUACGAGGACUCGUGUAUUUCUCUGAGUGAACGAGGUGGGAAGACCAUCCGUCAGUGCAUCAGAUACACAGACUGUGACAACUCCCGUCUGACGCAGAUGUUUCCCGCCAUCUCUGGCUUCACAUACAGAUGCUGCAGCAGCAACCUGUGCAACGGCAGCUCUGCUGCCGCCGCUGCGGCGGCGGCGCCCGCUGCGGCGGCGCUGGGAUCUCUGCUGGCCGUGUGGUGGUGUUUGCUCUGACUUUGCUGUGCUGUGACUGACUAACUGCCAGGUUUUCCGUUUUAACAAAAGUAAUGAGCUGAGAAAUGAACAUGAAAUAACCCGAGCUGCUGUUUGUGUCGGUAUCUGGGAGGUUCAGCGUCUCAGGUUGACCUCUGACCUGUUUUGUUUGGAUUUGAGAAUUGAAAAAGACUUAGAGCAUCAUGUAGGUUUGUGCUGCCACUACUGUAUAUAAAGCACUGGAAGUUGCUGUGCUCCUCUGGACUGGCCUUCAGCCGGACAAUAAUGUCGCAUUUCUUUCCAUUCUUUUUUGAC